AUGCUUGGGAAUACGGUAAUGUCGGAGUUGGCGGACAAGUUCACUGCGUUGGGGAAGUCGUCGAGUCUGGACAAGGAGAAGAGCAAAGGUUUGGGAGGUGGGGCGCGGCAGGGAAGUGCGCUAAGUGCGACGCUCAGAUUUUCGUAAAACUUGUUGAAAAUUUAGAAUAAUCUUUUCUAGGACUCUGCAGAAAUUCCUGAGAUUUUGUUAGUCCAAAUAGGCAAAAAAAUUAGUCAUCUUUUGUGAUUUUUCGGCGCAAAACGUAUUAUAUCUGUAUUUCCUCCAUACUUCUGCCGUGAGUUGUUUUCCCACAGAAAAUCGAACCUUUCUCCGCAAAACACACAAAGAUACGGCCAAGAAAGUGUCUGGCCACUCUUUGCAUUCUUUUUGUACUGUCUCGGCGGCAACAAAUCGUUAGAGUGUUGCGAUUUCUUUUUGUUGAAUAACUUGGCUGCCUCUGCAAAGAGGUAGCUAAAAUUUUGAGUAAAUGACAAAAGACCUAUGCGCAAUGAGCCUGCAAAAUUUUAAUGAAAAUCUGAGUGCCCAACCUGCACUUGGGGCACUUCACUUGUGAGCCCAUUUUAUUACAUUAUGUAUGUAUAUUAUACAUAUUACCUAUAACUUUCCAGAGCCCCAAUCAAAGUUCCGUCCCGGCUCUCCCGAGCCUCCGCGCAAGGGCUCGAACAGUGAGCCGGCGAGAAAGGCGUCCGGCAAUGAGCCGUUGAAGAAGGCCAACGACAAAAAGCCGGUCAUGGUCAACAACAUGGGCAGCAAUGUGCCGCAACCAAUGAAGGGCGUGGUCAUGAUGGGUGGGACGUCGAUGCUGGGCAGCAAUGUGCUGAUUACGGGCGCCGAAAGUGGGAUCGGCUUUGGGAUGGUGGAGUAUCUAAGCAAACAGUUCGAUGUGAAGCACAUCUUCGCCUGCUGCUACAAUGAAAAGCAGUGCAAAGUGAGUUGUUUGUAGCGGUUUUGCGGCCUAAAAGUCGCAGGAAUAUUGCAUCUAAAGGUAAAAUUUUGCGUGCUAUAGGAGCUGUUGGAAGUCGCCAAGGACAAUCCAAAGAUAAUUGUCAUCGAAAUGGACGUUCUUCGCGACUCCAGCAUCCAGCACGCGCUGGACCGGGUCGUUUCCGUCCUGCAUGACGGCGUCUUGAACCUGCUGAUCAACAACGCCAUCAUAUUUGAAAAGUCGGAGGGCGGAACGUAUCUGACUCCCAGGCGAGACGUCAUCCUAAAGCAUCUGGAAGUGAAUACGGUCGGAACAAUGUGUGUCACGUCGGUAAGCAAGUCAUCUGUAUGCUGGGAUUACCGUAUUAUAGGCAUUUUUGCCACUCAUUCGAGCCGCGGCGCAGCGAGAGGAGCCGGCAAGAGUGGUGAACGUCAGCUCACCGCUCGGCUCGAUUGCCAACAACUUUGGGACAAUGCCGUGGACCGAUAAGAAUGUGGCGUUCGGAAUGAGCUUGGUGAGUUCUGGGAGGCGGAGCUUUUGACGUGGAGCAUGGCUACCGAUAAAUUAAAGGCCUGAAAAAUUAUGAGACGUACCGGGCCGGCCGCGGAACUGACAAGUGAAUUACCUUUAUGAGGCUCCUACGUUUAGAUGGGACAUAUCUCAAAAAAUCCUUAAAAUUGUGUUGUUCAAGAAGGCUUAUUUAUUACGUCUUAGCUGUUCAAGAAACAUCAUUUUAAGGUAAGAUAGAGUCUGUAAACCUAUGAAAAAUUGAGCGUAAAGGGGUUUAUAUAGGGCUUUAAGUCGACUUGCGAUCGGUUUUUAACCCUAAAACCCAAGAUAGGGUAGCUAACUUUUUACCUAUUCUUAAUCAUCAUGAUUUUACGUAUUUUUUGAGGUAUGUCCCGCUUAAAAGUAAGGGCCUCCAAGAAGGUAUUUUUCUUGUGAAAUACAGGGGAUAUUUUGCAAGUUGCGAAGUUCCGAAAUCGAUGAAAUUUGAUGCAAAUUUACAAUACUCUUUUCUAAGCCGUAUGCGCUACUUUUCAUCGGCGUUUUAGAAAAAAAUGAAGAUUUUUUUAACAAAAUUUUUAGGUCGAAAAGUGCCAAAAAUUUGUUUACUUCUCCCUUUUAACUAUUGCAUUUCCAGGCCGCGUUGAAUCAUCUCAGCCGCUCGAUUGCCGGUGACGAACGAGACACGAACGUUGUCUAUCUGAACAUUGCCCCAGGCUGGAUCAAAGCGUCCGUGUGCGCGCCGGAAAGCCAGAGUCCGAUGGAAGAGGCGGCCGUGGGGGUGUUGAAGACGAUCGCGCUGACUUCCCGCGGUGACACCGGCCGCUAUAUUGACCGCAAUGGAACCCCCAUUAACUACUAA